GCCACUCAUAUAAACUUUGUAAAGAUCCACCACCGCCAAAUUUUCCGGUUUCCCCGAUUCGGAAUUGUUUAUAUUCCGCAAGAUCGAGGUGAAACAUCCUGCUGCGUGCAUUGAGACCAGUCUUCUGUCCUCAGGGCGUCACGGGACCAUGGAUGAGCUCUUCGACGUAUUCGACGAGGACCCUCAAAAGGCCUCCAAAACUCCCAAAGCCCCAAAAGAUGGCGCGAGCAAGAAACGACAGUCGAACGGUCAUGUGAAGGCCCCAGCUGGAUCCCCUAAACCAAGCAAUGAUGAAGAUACCGCCAUGUUAGACAAUGCAGGCGGGUUGGGUGGCGAUCAACCUACCACGGUCGGCACCGACGGUCCUGAUACCAAGCGCCAACGACGGGAUGCCGAACCAGAGCCUAUGGUGACGGAUACAUUCGAAACACAACAGUCCCGAGAGAUCGCGGCUUCGGCUGGACUUCAACCUCAGAAAGAUAGUACUGCGGUGGUGCUGUCACAUCAAGUCCGACAUCAAGUCGCAUUACCGCCAAACUACGAUUAUGUCCCCAUCUCCCAACACAAAGCCCCGGAAACCCCAGCGCGAGUCUGGCCAUUCACUCUGGAUCCGUUCCAACAGGUUUCGAUCGCUUCGAUCGAGAGAAACGAGAGCGUCCUCGUGUCGGCGCAUACGAGUGCGGGGAAGACGGUGGUGGCGGAAUAUGCAAUCGCUCAGUGUCUGCGGGACAACCAGAGAGUGAUAUACACCAGCCCGAUCAAGGCGCUUAGCAAUCAGAAGUAUCGAGAGUUUGCGCAGGAGUUCCAAGACGUCGGUCUCAUGACGGGAGACGUGACCAUCAAUCCGACGGCGACCUGCCUCGUCAUGACGACGGAGAUUUUACGAUCCAUGCUCUACCGUGGCUCCGAGAUCAUGCGUGAGGUUGCCUGGGUGGUCUUUGACGAAGUGCACUACAUGAGAGACAAGUCUCGAGGGGUGGUGUGGGAAGAAACCAUCAUCCUUCUUCCCGACAAGGUUCACUAUGUCUUCCUCUCGGCCACCAUCCCGAACGCCAUGCAGUUCGCCGAAUGGAUCACGAAGACGCACAAUCAGCCGUGCCACGUCGUCUACACCGACUUCCGACCGACGCCGCUGCAACACUACCUUUUCCCUUCCGGCUCCGACGGUAUACAUUUGGUCGUGGACGAGAAAGGCGCCUUCCGAGAGGAGAAUUUCCAGAAAGCGAUGACGUCGAUUUCGCCCGAGGCGGGAAAGAAGAAGAACAUGGGAAAAUCGGCGCGGGACAAGAAACAAACUGCCAACCAGAAGCCGCCGCAGUCGGACAUCUACAAGAUUGUGAAGAUGAUCAUGAUGAAGAACUACAAUCCCGUCAUUGUUUUCAGUUUCAGCAAGCGAGAGUGCGAGGAUCUGGCCCUUCAAAUGAGCCAGCUUGCGUUCAACGAUGAGACCGAGAAAGGGAUGGUCAAUAAGGUCUUCUCGAGCGCCAUCGAAAUGCUCUCGGAACAAGACCGAGAGCUCCCACAAAUUCAGCACAUUCUGCCGCUGCUGAGAAGAGGUAUCGGUGUCCAUCACUCGGGAUUGCUGCCCAUUUUGAAGGAGACCAUCGAAAUCCUCUUCCAAGAGGGUCUCAUCAAAGUUCUCUUCGCCACGGAGACCUUCUCCAUCGGAUUGAACAUGCCGGCCAAGACUGUGGUCUUUACGAGCGUCCGGAAAUUCGAUGGCAUAUCGCUAAGAUGGGUAACCCCCUCCGAGUUCAUCCAAAUGUCAGGACGUGCGGGACGACGUGGUCUAGAUGACCGAGGGAUCGUCAUCCUCAUGGUCGACGAGAAAAUGGAGCCGGCGACCGCACGGGAGAUCGUUCGCGGAGAACAGGAUAAGCUCAAUUCGGCGUUCUAUCUUGGGUAUAACAUGAUCCUGAACCUGAUGCGAGUGGAGGGAAUAUCCCCCGAGUUUAUGCUCGAACGGUGUUUCUUCCAAUUCCAAAAUACCGCCAGUGUCUCCGGGUUGGAGAAGGACCUUCUGGAGCUGGAGAGCGAACGGUCGAGCAUCGAGAUCGCGGACGAAGGAACGGUUCGCGACUACUACGAGCUCCGCCAGCAGCUGAACACGUACACGCAAGAUGUGCGCGACGUCAUCACGCAUCCCAACUACUGCCUGUCGUUCAUGCAGAACGGUCGCCUCGUCCGAAUUAAGUAUAAAGACCAUGACUUCGGUUGGGGAUCGGUGGUGAACUACACCGCACGCAAACCCGGGAAGGGACAAAAUGCCGCGGACUUUUCUCCACAACAGUCGUAUGUGAUGGACGUGCUGCUCAUCAUCGCCAGCGACGCGUCGUUCGGGCCGCAGGUGCUUGAUGACCUCCCGCCAGGUGUGCGACCGCCUCCCCCCGGCGACAAAGGCAAAGCGGAAGUCGUGCCGAUUCUGCUUACUUGCGUAGAGGCAAUUGGUCAAUCCCGUCUAUUCCUUCCCAAGGAGCUCAAAUCGGUCGAUAGCCGCAACAGUGCCCGGCGGAUGUUGGAAGAGGUGAAGCGGAGAUUCCCUGACGGAAUUGCCAUCUUGGAUCCCAUCGAGAACAUGGGGAUAAAUGACGAAUCGUUCAAGAAGCUGUUGAGGAAAAUCGAAGUCUUGGAAUCUCGCCUCUUCUCCAAUCCGUUGCACGAUUCGCCGAGACUGCCGGAACUCUACGACCAAUACCACAACAAAGUCGAGCUUGGGAAGAAGAUGAAACAAACAAAGCAAGAGAUCACCAAAGCUCUAUCUGUCUUACAGCUCGACGAGUUGAAAUGCAGGAAGCGUGUCCUCCGGCGGCUCGGCUUCGUUAACGAAACCGAUGUCAUUCAGCUCAAGGCGCGGGUAGCCUGCGAGAUCAGCACGGGGGACGAACUAGUCCUGAGCGAGCUUCUCUUCAGCAAAUUCUUCAACGAGCUGACCCCCGAUCAAUGCGCCGCGGUCCUGAGCGUCUUCAUCUUCGAGGAGCAGAGCAAGGACGAGAGCCCGCUGAAGGAGGAGCUCGCGAAACCGUUCCGCGAGAUUCAAAGCCAGGCGAGAGCCAUCGCGAAGGUCUCCCAAGAGAGCAAAUUGGCGUUGAACGAGGAUGAGUACGUCAAAUCCUUCAAGCAUCAGCUGAUGGAGGUUGUGUUUGCAUGGACCAAGGGAGCGACCUUCGCUCAAAUAUGCAAAAUGACCGACGUAUACGAAGGCAGCUUGAUCCGCUUGUUCCGGCGUUUGGAGGAACUCCUGCGGCAGAUGGCCCAGGCGUCGAAAGUCAUGGGGAGCGAGGACUUGGAGAAGAAGUUCGAAGAGGCGCUCACCAAGGUCAAGAGGGAUAUCGUGGCCGCACAAUCUUUGUACUUGUAGUUCCGGGAUAUCUGGGAUGCAUGGGGUAUGCUGUAUAGAUUAGACCUAGUUGAAUAGGCGAGUUUGGCCACGAAAACCAUGGAUAUGGUAGCUCGGGGAUGAUAUCAGAUCGACUGCGGGACUUAUUGGACCCUGAGCUUAUUGCCUUUGUGCCUUGCAGCCUUAAAAGUUCGCCGGAGGGCCGCCCCAUUUGUCUGUGCUUCACAAUAUAUUUGAAAGUGCCGACAAAAUUAACACAGUGUACGGUCCGUUGCAAAUUUUUGAGGCCAAGCAAACGGGAGCAACUACUACUGUAUCUACUAACUAACUAGUAACUGG